AUGGCUAGUGGAAGGAAUGAUGCUGCGAUUGCUGAGGCUCUAGAGUCCAUGGCAGGAGUUACAGUGCAGGCUCUCCAAGCUUUGGCUAAAUAUCAAGCUACUGCACAAGCCUCUGCGCAAGCUGCUACUCAAGCUACUAGCUACGGUGGUGGCCAAGGAAAUGUGCAAAUAAAUGAAUUCAUGGAAGUUGAGAAAAUUUUCAGAGGAGUGGCAUGCCCCGAAGGUCAGAAAGUGCAUCUUGGUACCUUUAUGUUGACGGAGGAAGCUGAACAUUGGUGGGAUAAUGCACGCCAACGUUUAGAUAAUGCAGGGACUUCAAUUAAUUGGGCUAUAUUCAAGGACAUGUUUCUAAUUAAGUAUUUCCCUGAAGAUAUUCAUAAUAGAAAGGAGAUGGAAUUUGUUAAAUUGGAACAUGGGAAUAUGUCAGUAGCGGAGUAUGCUGCUAAGUUCGAGGAAUUAUCCAGGUACUAUCCACUCUAUGUUGGAGAGGCAGGAGAAAAGUCUAAGUGCAUCAAGUUUGAAAUGGGACUCAGACCAGAGAUCAAGAAACAGGUUGGAAUGCAAGAGAUUCGUGACUUUCCUACCCUGGUGAAUAAGAGUAGGAUUUAUGAUGAGGAUAGUCGGGUUGAAAAGUUGGAAAAUGAGCUAGUAGUGGUAACGGAAAAGGAAAUGGAAACAGUUAUAGUUAUGGGAGUGGUAGAGGAAACCCCAAUCGAUGAGGAGUUAGUAACGGAAAUAGUAACAACAUGA